GCCAUAGCGAUGGUGGCAGCCGAGGCAGCCCCACUCUGGGCACCUUUCUGAAUGGGCAGUGGCAGCUCAGGGAGAGGAAGAGAGCAGGCAGCGCCCGCAGAGGCUCCGAGAAAAGCGGCGGAGGGAGGAGAAGGGGGAGGAGGAGGAGGAGAGAGGGGGAGGAGGAGGGACGAAGCCGGAGAACCCGGGCAGGAAAAGCAGUAGCAUCAGCAGCAGCCGCCGCCGCCGCCACAGCACUAGCAGCGUUGAGCAGGAGCCUUAACAGGACAGUGACAGCAGCACCUCCCUCCGCGGCCGUCCCUCCUGCGGACGGCCCCAGCCAGCGCACUGAGCGGCCUCGGGCGGCUCGCGAGGUGGCCACGGCCCGGGCUGGCGCUGCUGGCCGCCGAGCGCGGAGUCCAGGAGCGGCGGCAGCCCCCGAGGCACCGAGUUCCAGGGCCCUAGUCCACGGCUCGGAGUCCACGUCGCGCGGCGGCGGCGCCGGAGGCAGCGGGGCGCGUGCACCUGGCGGCCCGGCGCAUGGGGCAGAGGCGGCGGCGGCAGCUUGAGCCACGGCGGUGACGGCGGCGGCCCGGCCUUGAGCGUCCCCGGUCGGCCUGUGAGUUGCAAAAGGCCAAGGGCAGCCCCCAACAGAAAUUUUGGUGUGGGUCAUCUAGACUCUGACACCUGAGACUCAAAGGUCUUUGGGAAAGAGCAUAGCAGCCUCCUGUGACAGGAUCCUCAGACCCAACCCAAGGGAGAGACAGGUUGGACAGCCUUUGGACUUGGAAUGAAACAAUAAGAGGUUCCAUUCAUGGAUAACCAACAAGAUAAGGCUGUUGUUGCCUCAGCCAGCGGAGAAAACACUCUGAUUAAUGGGGUCAAAGAAAAUGACUCAGAGGACCAGGAUAUGGCAAUGAAGUCAUUUACAGCUCUAGAGGCUGCUGCACCAAUCCAGCCUAUACCAGUGGUUCAGAAAGACACUGUUAUGUACCCUAGGGCUCUCCUGCCUCUGCCCUCUAAGAAGCCUUGUAUGCAGGACCCUCCGUCUCCUUUGGGCCUGAUUGAAGCACCUGAGCAUGCUGCUAAUAGCGCUUCUGUGAAUGCCAUCUCCCUCACAUCUGGCGUUACAAAAGGCCUGAACACGUGGUCACUGCCCAGUGAGUGUGAGAAAGCUCCGUUCGCCAUAAUGGAGCCUGCAGGCAUGUCCGCUCUGAAUGGGGACUGCCUCAUGCAGCCAAGCCGGACUUGCUUGGGCUGCUUCAUGGAAUCCAAGGAUGCAGUAGAUCCUGAGCCAGGCAUCAGUCUAAAAGUCGGUGAUCUCAAUAGAGAUUAUGAAACCUGUGCAGUCUCUGAUAUAGGGAUUCAGUGUAUUAAUGCUGGAGAAAACAUGAAAUAUGGAGAGCAGCUGCUCUCAGACCAGCUCCUCGGCUUCCCCCUACACAAAUCAAGGGCAGGCGAUAGACGAGAAGCCGAGAAACCUGACAUCGACUUGGAGGAUCCAGCUCAGAAGAGUUAUUAUGAGGCAUUACUCUUAGAUAAGUGCAAUACAGAAGAGGCUUUGCUGGCAAAUUCCAAUCAGGAUUGGGGUUACUUUGAGACUUUCAUUAGUGAGAGUAAGAUUGAACUGCUUGACCUCUGUUCCAAGAAUGAGUUGUCUGUCAACCUGUUCUCUGAAGAAGAUGUGGAUAACUACAUGUUCGAUGAUGAUGAGUCAACACUGGGCAGUGACGUCUGCUCCCUGAAAAUUCGAUAUGAGUCCUUCCAGGACAAUGUUCGAGACAAGACCACCCUCCUGAUGCAGGAGGAUGCCCAAUUCAACUUUUUCCCCAGUGUCUUUACUACCUGCCCCAAGCGGGAGUCUAAGAAUGGGGCCCUGAAACAGAGCAGCGAUCUUUCCCAAUUCAGGGUCCCUGAUGUGAGCAUCAUCUGGGGUGAGGAAGAUAAAAACAUGGACAAGAAGAAAGACAAAGAAGAAGGACAGGAAGACAAAGGUGUAGACAAAAAAGAUGGAAAGGAAAAUGGAGAAAAAUCUGCCUUAAAUAAACCAUGCGCUGGGACUGAGGGAGGGCAAUUUAAGAAUCCAAAGCAGGGCCAUCUUGCCAAUUCCUUGGAGGCCUCAGGGAAUUUCAGUGAUGACAGUUCCUUCAUUGAGGUCUCUUAUGAUGCCAUGGGGGAGAUCAAAGACUGUAGCCGCUACAUGGCUCGGGACACUAAUUCUGGUGGCUCCUCCUCCCAGCAGAACUAUGGGCUACGAGCCAAGAGAAAAGUCAGGUACAGUGAAGAUUAUCUAUAUGAUGUUGACUCACUAGAGGGUGAAAAAGUAAAUGAGAGAAAGGAAUGGCUGCCAGGUGGUUCCAAAGAGGAAGACGAUGAUGAAUGGUGUCCCAAAAAAAGAAGAAAAGUAACCCGUAAAGAGCCCCCUGUUAUUAUCAAAUAUAUUAUCAUCAAUCGCUUUAAAGGUGAGAAGAACAUGCUGGUAAAGUUGGGUAGGGUGGAUGCCAGUGAGACAACAGUGAAUUUGAGUGAGAAUCAGCUAAACAAAUAUGCCAAGCUGGCCCCCUUGAAGGGCUUCUGGCAGAAGAAGAAAAAGAAGCAGGUAGACAGUAGCACAGACUCCAACAAGACACACUUUUGCCCAAAGCAAAGCUUUGAAGCAGGUAGCUUUGAGGUGUCAUUCCUGCCACCUGCUCGCAAACGAAAAUCUAAACUUGGCAGCAGGCACAGAAUUCAAAGAAUCCCAUCCGUGGAAACUUCAGCAAAUGGUAAGCAGGUUUCAUUCUGCAAUGAUCAGAGGCAAGCCAGUAAUCGCAAAGAAGAUGGAAGCCUGAAGGGUACGUUGAAAUCAGCACCUAUGGCUGCCCCCAGCUGUCCAAAUGGAUCACAUUUAAAUGACAUCACAGGCCCUGACUCAGUGAAAGUCAAAGCCCAAGAUGCAGAAUUUAAGGGGCCAGAGAGGAAAGUGCUCAACAAAAUCAAAUUUAAAAGUGAAGCCAGAUUAAAAUCUAAGAAAAUCAAAGCUGGGCAAGAAAGCAGGCCAGUUGUUCAAAUGAGCCCUCUUUCAGAAGACCAAUCCUCCAAGGUUAAUUUAAAGAAUGAAGGUAUUCCUGGGACCUCAAACACUUCCCAUCUAUCUGAAUUUCAUGAAACAAAGGUUGCUAAGAAUUCUACUUUCCUACCAACAAGCUGCUCUUCUGAAAUGCCUCUAUCAUCUGCUAAUGUUGGCACCAAUAUACCUGUUAUCCCUGGAGGAUAUCUGCAGACAUUAUUAGAUGCUUCUGACUUGUCAAAUAAUACUGGGAUCUCAUAUUUUACUCACCAUUCUCCAGAACAAAAUGAAGGCAGUGUCACUCAAACGGAAAAAUCUUUUGUACCUCUCCAGCGUGCCCAGGACUGUGUGCUUUCCUCACCCUCUGAGUCUGAGCUGCAGCAGUCAUCUCAAAACUUCAAAAUGGAAUCAAGCAACUAUGGAAGUGUGUGGCCCAACAAGCCUACUUCUGGUUCCCAGGAAUUCAUGGCUGAAGUCUCCAGAGAGACAGCUCCAACCCAAUCCAGUGAAUUUGGAGUCUCCCAAGUAGUGUCCAUGGAAAAUAACCUCACAGCUACCACAUACAAUCCAGUCUGCCUCAAUAGUGGUGGCAGUAGUUGCAACAAGGUCCUGUAUGCCUCUGUGCAAGACACUCAACUGUCAGCUGAUGACUCUUAUCAAUUAUGUCACUUUAAUCAUGGGGAGAUCUGCUUUCCUUUCCAGCAUGGCCCAGUCAAUAUGGAUGAUGGUCGACUCUUUAGCUUUGAUUCUAUGGCACCACUCUCUGUCAACUCAAGCAAUUAUUGCUCCUUAAGUUUGAAGUCCUGUGAAAAAGAUGGUGAUGAUGAUAUCACUGAUGACUUCCUGGCCCACUGCAGCCCCAAGCUUGUGAUCCAGCAGAGCAUUGAUGAAAUAGCGCCGCUAAAGGAAUCCACUGACCUCCUGGAUAUAUCCAACUUCACUCCUGACAAAUUCCGCCACUCUUCCCUCUCAGAGAUGUCCCCACCUGACACCCCCAGUCUUUCCCCUCAAAUUUCCAGAUGUGAGAGUGUCAAGACACUAGGAACACUGAAGGGGUUCCAAGAGGGUGUCCCAGGACCACUGGGCAAUAUGGACAAGAUCAAGUGGGACUGCAGUACCCUUUCACAGCAGAGCCAAGUGGAAGAUGGAUUUUCUUUAAAUAACCAUCAGUUUCAGUUUCAUAUGUUCAAUGACGAAGAUUCUGUCAGUCUACUCCAAAAAAACCCUUGCUUGUCAACGUUUAAUGAUCCAUCUGGUCAAAUGAAUGCGAACAACAAGGUGCCAAAAUCAAGAAAGAAAAGUUCACCCAGCAAGAGUGGGGCUAUGAACCAAAGCUUGUCUCAGAAAAAUACCAGGAAAAAAUCCCCCAAAGCCACCAACAAAGGGACUGAAAAGCCAUCUGGUAAAACUUCCCGCCAGGUCCCUAAGUCAACAAAGAAAGGGAAAUACAUGGCUGCAAUCAAUGGAGAGAAAAUGCAAGCUGGCAUUGGCCGUGGGGGAGGUCAAAUCAACAGCAUAUCUUCCACAGGGAAGACAUUGGCUGAGUGUAUCCAACGUGAUGGCCCUGGGGCCUCAAUGAAGACGCCAAGUCAGAAGGGACUUUCUGGAGAUUGGGCUUUGCGGAAGGAGAGCAGCCCAGGCUGGAGCAACAUGAGCUUGGGCACCAACACCAACAGCCUCCUGGAUGAUGACCAGCGGGAAUUUCAGGAGCCUUCCUAUAUCUUGUCCAACAUUGCUUCCGGUAUGGCGGAUGUGCAGAGAUUCAUGAUGGCCUCCAUAGAGCCCUUUUGGGAACCCAUGGAACACCAUGGGGACCCCAACAUAGUCUACUCCCCAGAAUCCAAUAGUCUAAAAUUAAAAACCCUCAAAAUAUUGGCUGGGACACCACACGAAUCUAAGAAAAAGGUCAACAGCGGGUUACCAGGAGCCACUAAGAAUCACAGGUCCAUCAAGGGUGUGAGUAAAAGCAUUGGGAAAGCAGCAGUAGAUGAUUCUACUCAUGCCAACCUGCCUGCUUAUAAUGAGGACUCUCACUCUGCCUUCUUUGAUAAAAAGUAUAAUAACCUGAGCACUUUAGGCAAUAGCGGACCGACUCACAAAAAGUUGUAUCGUCACAAAUCCAGCUCCAAGGCCCUGAGAGAGGAGAAGUGUAAAGGAAAGCGCAUGGAGCGGGAACAGGUCCACAAGGAUGAGGCUGGGACAGCUUCUUUUGAAAAACUGAGGGGUUCCGACUACAAUCUCCUAAAAGCAGAAACAGCAUUUUGGGUUUUACCUGUUUGAAGAAGAGGCUCGCAUUUUCCAGAAAGACAUUUGAUGUUUGUGUUUUAUUUCUUUCAAAAUAUGCCUUGUGGUAUGUAUGUUGACAUGUAAGUGCUUAAAGAAAAGAAUUUUAAAGUGUGAGAAUAAGUCUUUGGAAGCAAACUUUAAUCUGAUGUUCUAUGUAAAAGACUUUAAAGUCACACACUUGCACACGUAGUUUAUGCGCUAUUUACCCAAGAAAAAAAGGAAAACAUUGUGCCAAACUACAAACAAGUGACUCUGUUGUAUAUAUUUUUCCUUCUAUAUCAACAUUUGGUUGUGAGUAUUUGGGGAGCCUGUCCCUGUUGAUUUACUAGAAACAUUCCAGUGAUUCUCACUCUUAACCACCCCCACUUAUGUGGAUAGCACCUAUAGAUCACAGUGGGAAAAUAUGUUGUGCUACACAAUUUACCAAAACUUAAAGGAUAUGGUUUGAAAUGUGCCAAAUGUCCUUACUUCAUCUCACAGAUUCACCCCAGUUUAAAGCUCAUAAAUGAGUUUCUAAAUAUAUAUAUAUAUAUAUACAUAUAUAUAUAUAUGUGUGUGUGUGUGUGUGUAUACAUACAUUAUUUAAAAAACUUUAACUCUACUGCCCUGUGUGGAAACAUGAAGAAUUAAACAUGGCACAAUACAGCUUUGUUUGUUCCAUUGUCUAAGGGUUAAAAUGUUGGAAAAGUCUGGAAGUCACAACAGCUAAGUCCAUUAAGGACCCAAGUAUAUACAUUUACAGAACCUUUUACAAGGAAACAAAACAGCUGCUUUAAAGUUUGUUUUCUAAAAGCAAAAUGUGUAGCUGAAAAUUUAUUUAAAGUGCAAAGUUAUAUUGCUGAUACUUUAUAUCUCAGUUUUAUAUAUUUUAUAAUAGUCUGGGAUAAAUUAUAAAAUAGCUAUAAAAUCAACACUAAUGAUAAAUGAAGUACAUAGAUUGCUUUUAUUUAAGUAGUUUCCUAAAUGUUCUAUUCCAGUUUUGUCAAAAGUGCAUUCAUAUCAUGGCUUUAGUGUUCUUUAAGUGUUUAAUCUUGCAAUGCCAAUGUCAUUUAAAGAAAAUGUUAAGGCAUCUCAGAUAACCUGAACAACUCGUGGUAACAACCAACUCGGGCCAUACCUACUUAGUCUGAGGAUGACUAGUAUUUGAUGCCACACACUAAACUUAAAUUUUCAUUUUUUAUAUAAAUUUCUGCAAUCACAUUUUUAUUCAGUCCUAUCCAUCCCCCUUUUUUUAAAAUUUCGCAGCUCCAACAUCCCUCACUACUAGCUUUUUCUUCGCCUUUACUUACCACUUGACUUCUAACAUUUGAUCUAUUUUCCUUGCACAGUUGAAGGCCCGUGUGUCUGAUGACUGAUGCAUUAUGGCACAGAUAAGAUAAUGGAUGUGAAAGCGCUUUGUAGAUCAUAAAGUGCUAUACAGAUAUAGGGGAUUGAUAUUAUUAAUGUUGUUGGUUGUUGUUGUUGUUAAUCUUACUAUCUUACUAAUAUUGUUGCUAACCUAUUAACUUGUGAAUAUAUAGGCUGUGGGUGGGAGGGUGGAGAAUAAGUGGGUGGGGGAAAAGGGGAUUUUUAAAAAAGGGAAGAUGUUUCAAAAGGAAUAAUUUAAGCAAAAUAUGAACCUACCUAGUUAUUGCCAACUGAAUACACUCACAAACAUUUGAAAGUAGUCAGAAAGAAAUGGAAGGAAGCCUGUCCCAUGUAUUCGUUUACACACUUCCCAGACCAUGAUUCCUUUCACCAGCCUGCUCUGCUACUUACAGCUAGGUAGUCAAAUGAACAAGCCUGUAUUCUUGAUGGUGUGAAUGUGUGUGUGUAGGAUGAGUGGGUGAGGCGCGUUUUGUAAAGCUGCUUCAGACCUGUUCCUGGGCUUUGAUGCUCUAUGUGUGAUGAGUCCUGGAAAAUUUCUUAGUGGAAAGGCACCAGGUAAUACAUGUCUCCAGCUCUACAGCUGCCACCCAAAAGGGAAAAUCAUCAGACUGGAACACUUUCUUCUAUUUCUCCACUCUGAUAGCUGUUGGUAGUGAAUUGUAUGGCUGGCUCCUAGGAACUGGUGUUUGCUUUGUUUUUGUUUGUUAUGUUUUGCAGCUGAAUUUUGGUUUGGAAUCACCAAUUCUGCCAGAGUUCAAAGUCACCUGCUGGCAAUCAAAGAAGAACUAAAGAAAAUGUUCCAUGAUACAAAGUGUCUUAUAAAAAGUAAAUAUGGGAGCAGUUGUCCCAGUUUUUCUCAGUACCAGUUCAGCUUUGGAGAAUGGGUGGGGGUGGAGUACAAGGGACAGCCUGAAACUUGGAAACAAACAAUUUCCUUGUCAGAUUUGCUAUCAUUAGUCCUUUGGAAUGGAUACUCUUUCAGUUUCUCCUGUGGAGCUCAUUUGGAGCCAAGUCUAGGGCAUGGUUCAUCACUUUCUCCAGUACAUGAUGUUCUGACUUCUUCAGUUUUGAGGGCUUUGUUGGUCCUGUCUCUGCUCUCGCAAUUCUUCUUCUUUCUGUCACAACAUAGUAGGCCUGACUUUUUGAAGAUCCCUCAUUCAACCAGCUACCUUUGUGGAAUAAGGACCAAUGAUAUAAAUAGAGUGUUUUGCCCUAACAGUGAUAUCUCAAGUCAGAUAUAUGAAGUUUUCCCUGGUCUGAAAUUACUAAUUGCCACUACCUACUUAAUCUUUCCUGCAAAUAGUAUUCUCCCUUAUUUUCCUUACUUAAUCUCACUCCUUGGUCUGAGAAUUCUUCUUUUAUAAUCUUAUACUCCACCUCCCCAAAAUGUCAGAAUAGAAGACCCUUAGGCAGGCUGCUUUCUUGCAGAAGUUAUUCCUUACCUUUAAUUGCCUUGGCCGCUUUCAAAUCCAAAUUGAAACAUGCUCACCCACACACACAGAAUUGUAUCACACAACUGAGGAAAGUUUUCCUUUUCCUCAAAAAUCUGUAAGAAUAGACCUUAUCCCCUUUCUGCCUUGUUAGGUGCUGGACUAUGUGGAAAGAGUGGCCUUGACCAAGGUUCUUUGAGACUUUGGGAUUAUGUUUGGGCUGUGCAAACUGGCUUGAAUCAGGAGCCUCUCGAGUGUCUCACAUGCCAGCUUCCUACCAGCUUUCUCUUCUGACCUCUUGGUACUCUGUGCAAUUAUGUGUUAAGGCCUUACCUUCUCCACAAUGUUUUCAAACCUCCUGCACUUCCUUCACCAUCACUUCUUUAGCUAACUCCCUGAAGUCCUUGGUGCUAGGUGGGCUUUUGUGACAACUUACAUCUUCUCGGAACUCUUCCUUGCUGGGAUGCAUCUGUAUGUGUGCUAGGGGGCGGGAGAUAAGUGUGUGCGAACAGAGAGGCAUAAAGGAUGCUUCCCAAGCUGAAAACAACUGGCUGGCAUCCUGUGUUCUGUUAUGUGAGGGUCCACAGUGUGAGUGAAUUUCCAUUUUAGUGGAUAGCUCUUGCCAAGCUGAACCAGUCUGAUGCAGGGCAUCCAAGAAUUGAAGAGAGCUAAGUUUCUGUACUGAAGAGGAGAAUGGAGCACGCACUUGUUCCAACUAGUGCUAGAACUAGAAAGAUUUGUUUCCCCCUGUAUUUUUGAGAAGUUUAGUUUAAAGAAUUUUUGUUUUCAUUUAGGGUUUUUUUUUUAAAUGACUGCCCACAACUAUAGGAAUAUGUCCUUCUUAUGAAACAAAACUAAUAUGAGAUUUGUUUUCUAAUCAUAAAAUUCACUAAACAAAUCAUUACGUUUAAAAGGUUUAGUACCAAAAUCAAACAUUUUAGAAACAAAUAGGGAUCUUGUCAACACAAUGUGAGCCAGGGAUUUUGUAAAGGUUUCUCAAGUACCUGAAUAAAAGAGGGAAAAAAAAUCAGCUGUGUUGUUUAAACUUGGGAAACACUGUCAUCUGCUUGAAGGUCCUCAGCCAGCAUAACAUGACUUUGAUGGCAGUAUUCAGGCUAUCUUUUAAGGCACGUUUUUUACUCAGAGCUCCCAUUACAGCUACAUGAUACUUGAGAUGUACUUUUUGUUUCAGAAUCAUAACUAAGAGGUAAAACAUUAGAGAAGGACAAUGUAAAAGAGAGAUGCUUUGUACAAAGUCGAAGGUAUGAAUGAGGCUUUUAAAAAUCAGUGUCUUGGAUAAAUAGAUACGAAAGAAACACUCAUCAACAUGACAUAGAAAGGAUGUAUGUCCAUCUAACAGGCUCAUUGGUUUCUGAGUCUUAGAAAGACAUCCCCUUCAAAAAGAAGAAAGGAGAUACUGAAAUCGUUUUGCCUCUUUGAGAGAUGCCUAGUUUUACAGCACAAAAGAAAAGGCUUAGAAUGAAAACCAGAAGAGGCCUUUUGUUUUGGACUCCCAGUGAGGAGGGUAGAAAGCUGUAGCACUCACUAGAGUUUGCUGCCUACAGAGUUUUGAAUGUACUAGUCCUUAAUUUAAUUUCCAUAAAACUGAAUGCACCUCUUUAGUAAAUUAUUGAUUUAUGGUGCUAAAGAAAAUGAUUAUCCCCAUUUUUCUCCUUUCCCAAGCCCCUUACAUAUUUAAGAAAAUUUAAAAUAACAGCAUUAGAGGCCCUUUUUAUGAAUGUAACCUAAGUUUUUGUUUGAUAUAUUACACUCCAACUUUAAAAUGUUAGGAAAUUAUUUGCCUUUUUUCUUUUAGAGUUAAGUUUUAUAAAUAAUCUGUAGAGUCAAUUGAAGUAUAAAACUUAAGGAUCACUCUUAAGACGCCUACAAAAUCUUGUAUAUUUUUAAGUGUGCCAAUUUGUAACAUAUUUUGUAAGUGUAUAUUUUUCUUAGGAAAGUGCUGUGAAGUGUCUGUAUGUGAGAGUUUUCCUUUUCCGCACCAUUAGGUGCUCAUAAAAGGAUAUUUACUUCAAAGUUUCUGGUUUUAGAAACCACAAUACAAAGGAAAAAAAUACAUUUUUGUUGGGAAUUUUGUAACACAAAACAUGUUGUGAAAGAGUGUAGUGAUCUUGUGCAAAAGAAAAUGAACAUUUGUGAGCUUCUUGCUGUUUUAUAGAUUUUCUUGUAAAUUAUUCUUGUAACACCUCUGGUUUUGUUGUUCUUGUUGCAAAGGGUUUAAAUAUUUGUGACUGAGUGUAUGGUGAAACUGUCAUAAUGUUACCUAGCUGAGUUUUGUUAUUGUUUAUGGAAUAAAUAAAAAGAAAAGUUUAAAAGACUGCUUUAGAAUCUUAUGUAACAGAAAUCAAGCCAUUUUUAAAUUACAUUCUACAUCCCAAAUAAAAAGUUCUUCAUUGUCUAGAGCAGUGUUUCUCAAACUAGCUGUGCUGAGGGACCAAUUUUUUUCUCAAAUUCAUUGCAGACUGAUACUAUCAUAAAACACAAUAAAAAGGAAUUUAAGUGAAAAUGGAAAAAGAUAUUCAAAGUAAAAGGCCUAAUGUAUUCAAUUCAACAUGUAAAAUUAAAUUUUUAAAUAAACAUAAUAUACAGAAAAAGAAAAUAAUCGCAAAAAUUUGGUCCCUGUUUGAAACAAGUCCACUGAUUGAUGUCAAAUUGCCAUCGAAAGUUCUAACUACACUUUCAGUAACUCAUUGAGUAGGACUAGCAGCAUUACCAUCAUCUGGGAACUCCAGGCCUUACACCAGUUCUACUAAAUCCGAAUGUGGAUUUGAACAAGAUUCCUAGUUGAUUGAUGUGUAUGUUCAAGUUUGAGAAGCACUGGGCUAGAGUUUUGUGCAGGUGAUUUUUCUGCCCCUCGAAUUGGGGGACCAUUUUCUAGUGUGUUAAGUCUUCAAAGACCUUAGAACAAAAGGUGCCCUUGUUUUGUGGUCUAGA